AAAUCCUGCUGCUGCAGUCCCGCCGGGGAGCCACCAGGGGCCGCCGUCGCGCUCUCCUUCCCAGCUGCGGGGCCGCUCUUCCGCCUAGCCCUCUCGUCGUCUUCCUCCCCUCCUUCCUCUCGCUUUCCUCCGUUCCCUUUCCUGUUGGGCCCGCGUCUUUUCACCGUGGAGCGAACACAGCGCGGGAGACCGCGCGGGAGCGGAGCCCCGAGGAGCGGCUCGGGCGGGGCCAUGGGCAAGAAACACAAGCGGCACAAAGCGGACAAGUACCCGUAUGAAGACUAUAUCGAAAAACCCUUAAAGCUUGUGUUAAAAGUGGGAGGAAAUGAAGUUGCUGAACUUUCUACUCAGAGUUCAGUACCUGAUCCUGGACUGUACGAGGACAAAAAUGAACAUGAAAAACACAAAGACAAGAAAAGGAAGAAGAGAAAGAAAGCAGAAAAGCAAGCUCCAGGAGAAGAAAAAGAAAAAAGAAAGAGAAAAGUCAAGGAAGACAAAAAGAAACGAGAUAAAGACCGUGGAGAAAGUGAAGGAGAAAGAGAUUUGAAAGGCCAAAACACUAUAAGAUUAGAAUUGCCCCCAGAAAAACCUCUGGCAAGCAGUUUAGCAAAACAAGAAGAAGUGGAACAGACGCCGCUUCAGGAAGCUCUGAAUCAACUUGUGAGACAGCUGCAAAGAAAGGAUCCAAAUGCUUUCUUUUCAUUUCCUGUGACUGACUUUAUUGCUCCCGGCUACUCCAUGAUCAUUAAACACCCAAUGGAUUUUAGUACCAUAAAAGAGAAGAUCAAGAACAACGGAUACCAGUCCAUAGAAGAACUAAAGGACAACUUCAGACUGAUGUGUGCUAACGCUAUGGUCUACAACAAACCGGAAACCAUUUAUUACAAGGCGGCAAAAAAACUAUUGCAUUCAGGAAUGAAAAUACUCAGCCAGGAACGAAUUCAGAGUUUGAAACAGAGUAUAGACUUCAUGGCAGACCUUCAGAAAAGCAGGAAGCAGAAAGAUAAAGCGGAUCCACCGUCAGGUGGAGAAGACGACAACGGUCACAAGAAAGACCCGAGUUCCACGGAAACAGACCUCAGAGACUGUAAAACUCCCAGCAAAGAACACAAAAAGUAUAUCACAGGGGCUGAGUAUUUCUUUCAUUUCAGCAAAAUCAGGAGCAAGAGGAAGGACAAAGAGCUGCUGGAAGAAAAAAUUAGGAACAGUAAUUUAGAGAGGGAACAGGAACUGAUUGAACAGAUCAUCAGAGAAUCAGGAGGGAAAUUAACAAAACGGCCUGCUAACGCUCAGUGCGAGUUUGAAAGAAGAAAACCUGACGGCACAACCACCCUGGGACUUCUUAAUCCAGCCGAAAAUAACGCAGGGGAAGUCGGUCCGAAUUCCGCGAAGCUGGGCGUGACGGCAGGAAGGCUGCAGUCAGGCGUGAACACUUUACAGGGCUUCAAGGAAGACAAAAGGAACAGAGUGACUCCAGUGAUGUACCUGAAUUAUGGGCCUUUUAGCUCCUAUGCGCCAUCUUACGACUCUACCUUCGCAAACAUCAGCAAGGACGACUCAGAUUUGAUUUAUUCGACUUACGGGGAAGAUUCUAAUCCAGGGGGUUUUAAUAUUAAUGAGUUUUUGGCGAAGUCUCAAGACUACCCCUAUGUCAUGGCCGACAGCCUGCUGGACGUCUUGACCCAAGGAGAGCAUUCUCGCUCACUCAGAGAACUAGAGACGCCAGCAGUCGAAACCGAAGGCAGGCCUGAAAGAGCUGGCGUGACAAAAGACACAGAGAUCGUGGAAAUGGAACCAUCCAGGAAGCCCGAAUCCUCUCUUAGUAAGGAGAGGCUUACCGCUCUGAGAGCCGUGACCAAUUUUGGGCUGCAGCUGGAGGAGUUUGAGUCGGAAGAAGCAGAAGUCUUCCAGAAGAAACUCGACGAAACCACGAAACUGCUCAGGGAGCUCCAGGACGCUCAGAACGAACGGCUGAGCACGAAGCCGCCUCCUAACAUGAUUUGCCUUUUGGGGCCAUCGUAUAAGGAGAUGCAUUUGGCGGAGAGAGUGACCAGUAAUCUAAAAGAACUUGCCCAGCAAGUAGCACCAGGUGAUAUCGUGAGCACCUACGGAAUCCGGAAAGCCAUGGGGAUUUCAAUCCCUUUACGGGACGCGGGAGACAACUCGGUCGACUUAACCGAUGAUGUGCCGGAACCCUCAAAAACUCCCAUCACCAUUGAUUGUGAAGCAGUUGCCACGUGAUGCUUUAGAACAAUUUAAAAUAUAAAUUGCAUGUGUGUAUGUUUGGGGGAAUAUGUUUGGCAAUAUUCGUCCUGAUGCGUGUACUUGCCCCCUUUGUGUUACUGUUCUGUCUGUGUCUGUCUGAAUUCCUAUUAAAAUUUAAAAAUCAA